AUGUCGCGCGCGCCGAGCUCCUUUUUCUUCCUUCUGCUCUUCGCCUUCCUCCACUUCUCUACGGCUUCUUCAGUGAUCUUUAGUCCCCCCGCUCCGCCGACAAAACGCUUUCCACUUCCCUCACGGGCUCUGUUUGUCUCUCCGCGCUCUUCUUUCCGAGAACCCUUCUCUCCUCUUUCUCCUUCUCUUCCUUCUUUUCUUCCUUCUCCUCCUCUGUCGACUCCUUUUCCUUCCACCUUGUCUUCUCUCGCAUCUCUUUCUUCUGCGUCGCUCUCUUCGUUUUCUCCUCUCCAGAGGCAGGACGAGCGUCUCGGCUUCCUCUGUCCUCGGUUUUUUUCGCGGCGGGCGUCUCUCUUCUGCGUAGGGCCGUCGGCUGUUUGCUCUACCGUUUCUUCUUCUCCUCGUCGGAGUUUUCCCCGCCUGUCCUCUGCAGCGUGCGCGUCGCUGUCUUCGCGGAACUCCGUCUUCUCUCCUGAGGCGCCCUCUGCCUCCUUCCCGCAUUUCCUCUUGCCGGCUUCCUCCUCUUCUCUCUCCUCGUCUUCUCUUUCCUCGUCUUGUCUUUCCUCGUCUUCUUCUCUCUCGUCCUUUUCUCCUUUUCCCUCCUUUUCUCCUUUUCUCUCAGUUUGUUCUUCUCCCUCAGCUCUCCAUGGUGCGUCUCGCGGACCUCCGCGUGGUGCACUCGUGGAGGCUGCAGAAGUUGAAAAAAGGAGGAAAAAAUCUGGUGCGCCAGCGUCGCCGCCUGCGGGCGCUACCUUCCACGUCUUGAUCACUCCCGCCACGCUGCCUCCGGAGCAUGCGCGAGAGGCGAGGGCGGGCGAGAAGAGAAAAGAAGCGGCAAAUCGGAAGAGGAAAAAACACCGAAACUCGCCGAAACGCGGGGAAGAAGAAAGACAAGAAGAGGGAGAAGACGCGAGAGAAGAGGGAGAAGAAAGGGUAGAUCCGAGCGCUCAUCGCGUGAGAGAGGCAUUGCAGGCGCUUUUGUGGGAGUCGAGAAUCCAAGGCGAAUUGACUCUCGACGUGUUUCCGAGCGAAGAAGCGGCCGAGGCCUUUCUCGCGACGCUUCCGUGCAGCGUCCGCGAAAACGACGGAGGCGUCGAGCUCGGCGCGAACUGCGAGGAAAGCGAGCGGCAAUCGAGAAGAGCGAAAGAAAUCGACCAAACAGACCAACCGCGUGGUGACACACCAUUCAAACACACAGACACUCUCCCCCGCGGAGACAAAACGCAACCGCCCUCUCGCGUCUCUCCUCCAUCUGCUCCUUCUUCUCUCUCUUCUUCUCUCUCUUCUUCUCUCUCUUCUUCUCCCUCUUCUUCUCCCUCUUCUUCUCCCGCUUCUUCUGUCUCUUCUUCUCUCUCUUCCGACGGGGCUCAGCGCUGGCUGUUGCCGAGGCCGGUUCGGGUGUACAUCCACUCGAGCACGCGGGGCUUGGAGGCGACGCAGGUGGUUUCCGACUUUUCGGCGCUUGCCUUUUUGGCGGAUUUCGUGGUGCCGCGCGCGUCAAGAAAAGAGGCUUUCGGCGUAGCGUUGAAGAUGCUCGAGCGGGGAUUGCGUGAAGCGGCUGGGUCGGGAAGCGCAGAAACUGCGAACGUUCUUUUGGAAAGUGCGGCGCGGACGCUGCCGCUUCGCGGCGGCUUUCUCGUCUCCGCCAUCUUCAGGAAACAAACGGAAGUGUUUCUGCGGGGCCGCAAAGGCCACGAAGCAGUCAACGCCGCGAUUCACGCAGUCGAGGCUGCUCCAGAGUGCGCCGAAGCCUGGGGGGCUCUCGGCGACGCGUACCGAUCUCUGCAUCGCUUCUGGGAAGCACGGAGUGUCUACGAAAUUGCCUCGCGUCUUUCGCCUUUCGGCAAGCAGAAAUAUUCUCUCCUCCUCCUCGCCCUCAACCGAGCGCUGGAAGGCGCCGACUCGGACCCGGAAUUGCUGCAGGCGAACCUUCCAACGGCAGAAUCCGCGACGCUGAAAAUGCCCACCGGUUUAGCCGUCGGCGCGAACGACCCUUCUCUAGGCGGCUGCUACGUAGCCUACGUUGCCGAAGACAGCAAAGCCGAAAAGGCGGGAGUGCGACCAGGCAUGCAGAUUGUGGCGGUUGGGAACGAGGUUUUGCUGGGGAAGCCGCUGGAGGCGUGUCUGAAGGCUCUGACGUUCCCGCCGCGUCUGUCGCGUUCGGCUCCAGUUCCUUCUCUGCCUUUUCUUUUUUUUCAAGGCUGCAUCACAGAUUUGUUUGGGUUUCGCGCGUUCGCCUUUUUGCGGAGCAUCGGGCGACUGGAAGAAAUCUUCGAAAGUGUGCCGAAGAGCGAAGACAUUGUGCGGCAGAUGCAGGCUGGCGAAAAAGAAGACGAGCAUUUUGUGUUUGCCAAGGCAAACGUCGGCAAACUCCGAGUCGAUCGCGCGUACGGCCGCAAUGCAGAUUUCGACGACUUCUUGAGAAGGAAACAGUUGAUGUAG